AUGCCUCCCAAGUGCAACCUGCCAGACAUGAAAGAACCUCCUGCAAAGUGCACGCAUUCAGGGGCUUCAACUGUUGUUCCCAAGACUAUUAUCAUCCCUGCAGCAAACCUGCACCAACAAACCCAUGCUCCUGUCUCACCUGAUGUGAUCAUGCUAGCAUCUCUGACUGCUGACACAUUGAAAGGAAAUGCUGAACUAUCUUCACCUGCCAUGACUGUGUUGUCUUUGGCUGAGGAUGGUUCAGAUGAAUCUGUGCACACUCUCAGUAGCAUCGAGAAUGCCGACAGUGUGCACUUGUCUGCAAUGAACAUCAAUACUGGACUGCACCUCACAGAAAAACCAGACAUUUUACACAUGGUUCAACAGCUGCCCAACAAAAUUCCACUGAAAGAAGCUCCAUCUACUGCCAGUGCCAUGACCAUAGGGGCUAUAGUCCCCACAGAAAUUGGCUGCUUUAUUGAUGAUGAUCACAUUUCUGGUUGUUCUGAGGCUCUGCAGAAGUCACAUCUCCCAUGUUUGGUUCCUAAAGAAUGGUGCCCCCAACAACCAAUGCUCUGUCUCAGUGUUGCCACUCUCCAAUGCAGCCAAAAGCACUAUGUGAAAAAAGACCUUGGUGGCCAUUGGUCCAUCUUCCAGGCCCAGUUCAAACUUCAAGCAGUAUAUCUACUCCAGGAUGGGCCUGAAACUGACAAAGAACAAAUCGAGAACAAGACAGAAAUUGCUGAUCUUGCAUUAUGA